AUGUCGGAGGUUGCCUCGGGGCUGGCGAGGCGGGCGUACUGGUUGUGUGCUAAGCGCGGCUGUAACGCUUGGAACUGGUGUGACAAGCGAUGGACGUGCAAGGAGUGCGGCACCAGUGCUCCCCCAUGGACGAAGGAAUACCGCUCCGACAAGGCCCCCCCGCGGGUGGACGCAGACGGGUUCGUGCAGCAACCCAGGGGAAGGGCUGCGCAGCGCGCGGCGAAGCGCUCGGCCUCCCAGCGGGCCCUCUCUGGGAGUACCGCGCCCAGCAGCGCCCCCAACAGCAGGGCACGGCGAGCGCGACCUUGGGGAGAGGCCAAGACCCAGAUCGAGGAGCUGCAGGCGCAGCUCGUGGCGGCCAGGGAGCGCGUCGACACGCUCCAGGGGGCCUCGGCGCUCGGGCUCUCGGCGGACUUUCAGCGUGAGGCGGAGAAUGCCCUCCAGCAGGGCAAGGACCAGGUCGCCGCCCUGGAGCUGGCCGUCCAGGAGGCCCAGCGGACGGAGCGCCCCCCUCACUCGGUGCUCCACAUCGAGGCCAACGCCAUACAGAAGGUCGAGCGCCAGCUGGCCACGGCACGCACCAAGAGGGAGAAGCUCCAGCUGCAGGCGUCCGAGCUGCGCGAACUCAUCGCGGAGAAGCAGGAGCAGCUGUCCGCAGCCGAGUUGGGAGUGGAUGAGGUCACGGGGCAGAUUGCCGAGCUGGAAGAGACCAGAGCCAAGGUCACGCAGCAGGCGAUCCAGCGGGCCAACGCGGCUGUCGGAGGCGUUCCGAGCCCGCUUGGGGACGCAGUCCAGGGGUUGCUCACUCAAGUCGGCGCCCUGUCGGAUCUCCUCAAGCAGCACGGAGCCGAGCUGCCCCCCAGGUUUUCCGAGAUCGUCGGCAUUCUCAACACGCAGAAGGAGGCGGUCGCUCAUGUGCUCAGGCCCAGCAGCAGCUCGGCCAGGAAGCGUUGGGGCGACUGCGUCGGUGACGACGGCUUCGCGACUGAGGAUGACGACAUGCCGCUCGAUAUCGCAGGGCCUACCGCGGCUGGGCCGCCAGCCUCGCGGGCCAGGCCAGCGGACGGGCCCUACGGCCCUGCAGCGGCCCGCGGCCAGCACGGGGCGACCCUGGGCGCGUGGCCUCAGGUGGAGCCGUGCCUCGCCAAGGCCCUCGCCGAGCAAGGGGCGGCCCUCUCGGACGGCGACCCCUUGGCGGCGGGCGGCGCCGUGCGCCCUUGCCCGAGGGGCACGGCGGGCCUGGUGUCGGGCGCUGGUGAGCGCGCAGCUCGCGAGGCAGCCGUCAUCGGCAAGGCGCCGCUGGUUGACAGUGCAGGAGGCCAGCAGCUUCGAUCUGGCCUCGUCAUGUUCGGCUGCAAUGGCAACACUUGGAGCAGGAGCAUUGAGGCCAUUGAGGCCUUCUUCAAGGCGUACGGCUACUGGCCCGACGUAGUGGCGCUGCAGGAGACGAGGCUCCCGCAUGAGCGCCUGCCCAGUGCGGCGGCUCAGGCCCGCGGCCUGGGUUACGCGGCCUUCCUCCACGAGGCAGCGCUGACGGAGAAGCAGGGGCCCCAGGCGACCUCAGGCGGCGUGGCGAUUCUGGUGCGAGACGGCUUGCAGGCCGACGAGUCUGCGUACCCGCUGCCCUCGGCCUUGCGGCACCGCCUCAUCGGAGUGGAGGUCGCCGCCGCCUCUGGCCUGCGGUUCCUGGUGCUCGCUGGGUAUUUUCAGCACUCUGUGGGCCCUCGAGGCACCAACCUGGACAUGUUUUCGGCCAUCUCGGAGGCGACGUGCCAUGCCGAGGGCUGCGACCACCUCUACGACUGGUUCGUGGCUUCCGCGGCGUGGCAGCCUGAUGUUCGGGCAGAUGCGUUGGUGGAGGUUCCGUCCAGGCCCGCACGCUUCCCCGAAGUUGCCCCUGAGCUCCUUCGGGCGCACGAGGACGCCGAGAUUGUGUGCUACACGGUUGGCAAGAAGGGACAGGUCGCGCCUAGGGGCGUCUCGUGGUCCUGGGACGCAGGCACUCCACCGACCAACCUCUCCGUCGCCUUCAGCGAGUGGGCGGCAGCUGCCGAAGGCACCCUGGUCGGCAUCCACGGCAUCGGCCAGGCAGACUUGGCCCGUCAUCUCGGCAGAGGAGAGGGGCCUAGGCUGUCCCUCAAGCCUCUCAGUGCCCUGGUCAGGCGGGAUGCCAGGUUCAGGUUCAGCCUCCUCACGCACCGCUUGAGGAGCUGCCUGGACGUGGCCCUCCAGCGGGUGCGCGCGGAGAGGACUGGCCGCUGGCACCCUCGGCAUGCAGACUGGUACGGGCACCAGGCCGAGCUCAGGGCGCAGCUCUUGCUAGAGGCGGUGCAGGAGGCUGCCGACUCGGUCGGUGGGGCUCUCCCUGGCGCAGCUCCUGAUCGACUAGGCGACCUGGUGUUUCAAGCGGGCGUCCACGGCAGCCCUGAUGCUGUUCGGGAUCUUCAAGGGCUGCUCAGUGUAUCGCAGCGCCGCGACGCGGCUCAGAGCGCCCAGGCCUGGCGCAACUGGGCACAGACAGCGGUCGAGAAGGGCGGUCGUCUGGCCCACCGCUUCUCGAAGGCGACGCCCCCGCCGACGGUCAGGGACGCUGGCUCGGGCAGGAGGCUGGUUGGGAUGGCAGCGAUUGGAGAGCUCACGAGUGUCUGGCAGAAGCUGUGGCUCCAGGAAGGGUUUGCCCUUGGCGCAGGGGCCAGCAGCUGGGACGUUGGCGAGUGGCGGCUGCCACCCAUCUCGCUGGAGCAGCUCCAGGCAGCCUGCAAGCGCUACAGCCCCUCGGUGGGUCUCGGGUGCGACUCCCUGCACCCUCGGCAGAUCCUCCUGCUGCCCGUGGCGCUGCAGCAGCGCAUCCUGGACAUCCUAGCGGCCUACGACGACGCCCCUGCAUCGAUCAACGGGCAGGCGAACCAGCAGUUCGAGGCCGCGAGCCUCUUCCUGGACAUCAGCAAGUUCUACGAGCAUGUGCGUCACGAUGUUCUCUGGGCGAAUGCUGUACGUUUCGGGUUCAACCUCAGGCUGCUGCGCGGCCUCCUCACCUCCUACCAGGCCCCUAGGAUGAUCCUUGCGGCGGGCAUGGCUUCCCCCGCCUUCGGCACUACUGGUACGGUGUUGGCUGGGUGUGCGUGUGCGACAGCAGUUGCGAAGCUCCCAGUCCUGGGCGCCCUCCUGGCCGCGGGGGCGACGUGCCCGCUGGUCACGCCGAGGAAUGUGGUCGAUGACAUCUCGCUCCAGGCGGUCGGCACGGCCCGACUCGUGAAGCAGCAGAUGUUGGCCUCCAGCUGUGCAGUGGUCCGCCAGCUGCGAGAGCAGCACCUCCCACUCAACGAGAGUAAGUCGGUCUUCCUGGCCUCGUCGCCGCAGCUCGCCAAGGAGCUCUCCGAGGAGUGGGCUGCGCAGGGCUUGGCCUUCAAGAGGGGACUACAGGCGAGGAACCUCGGCACCGACGCCAACAUCACUCGUCGUGGAGUGCAUGAAGGUGCUGUGCGUGCGGUCGGCGGCCUUCGGCGAGGACGCAGGCUAGGGGUGCUUCGCUCAGCUGGUGCGGCGACCGAGAUGGUCCACCGUGCUGGGCCCACCGCGGCGAUGCUGUGGGGGCGUACUGUGACGGGUGUACUUGAUAGGGAGCUUCAUUCGUGGCGCUUGGCGGCUGUGCGCUCGGCUGGGAAGUUCCCUAAGGGCGCCUCACUCGGGCUGAGACUCAGAGCGGCGGAGGUCAUGCGGUCCAUCGACCUCGACCCGAGCCCCGCGCUGCUUCGUGCCGCAGUGCAGAUGGCGGCCAGCCUCCUUCAGACGGGGGAGGUCCCGCAGCGCAUGUUCGAGACGGCCUUGCAGGAGGCGGAGCGGAGGCACGCGGGAGCAGCAGCCCCAUGGGCGCACUGCCGUACGCCGGUGGAUGCCUUGGCCCUCUCGCUCACCAGGGUGGGCUGGAGGCUCGUCCAAGGCACCCGCCUCGCCACCGACGACGGCCACAUCCUGGACCUGCGCAUGAUGGGGCCGCGCGAGCUGGGCCUGCUGGCAGCGGCAGGGGCGCGGCGUGCUUCGGACAGGUCGGAGCUGGCCCGCCUCGGCCACGGUGCGCUCCCCCCGUCGCCCCUGUUCUGGGAGGCCUUCUCGGAGGUCCUUGGGCCUGGCAGCAAGCUCAGCCCCAGGGAGAAGGCGGCGGUGGUGAGUUUCCUUUCCAACGCCCACUGGCCCCAGACCCGUCUGCACUCGGCGGGGGAGAGGGAGCACGCUCGCUGCUGCGCUUGCGAUGCCUCCCGCGGCAGCCUCUGGCACAGGCUGUUCGAGUGUCCAGUCCUCGCGGGGCCGAGGCGCGACUCUACCUCCGACCGCCUACGGCGCUGCGCACACCGUGCACGUGGCCGCGGUGAGGAGGCGGGGGAAUGCUUCGCGCGCUGCUGGCUUCCGCAGCCCCCGAGGGCCGCCCCGAGGUCGGAUGCCAUGGCGGUCAUGUGGUGCAAUCGCCCCGCUGACGGUCUCCUCGGGGGGCGCCUCUACCUGGAUGGGUCGGCGCUCGACCCCGAGCACGAGAGCCUACGGCGUGCGGGUUGGAGCAUCGUGCAGUGCGACUCCGACGGCAACAUGGAGUGCGCGGUGUACGGCAGCGUGCGCCAAGACCUCUGCCCUUUCCAGACGGCGAAGGACGGCGAGGAUUUCGCGGUCUGGAUGCUUUCUCGCUUCCUGGGCCCGAGUGUGGACGAGAUCCUCAUCGAUUGUGCGUCUACGGUCAGCUGCCUCACGUUGGGCAAGAGGUACGCGACGGCAGCCAACAAGCCCAAUGCCCAUCUCUGGGAGGGGAUCUACGCUUCGCUGGACGUGGACAUUCUCAAGGUUACCAAAGUGGCGGCCCACUGCACCGCCAGAGACGUGAUGGAUGGCAAGAUCACGGAGUCGGACCUCCGCGGCAACGGUCAUGCAGACCGCUGGGCCAAGGCAGGUGCGGAGCUGCACCGCGCCAGCCCCGUGGCCAGGCGCGAGUUCUUCGGCACGAUGGAGGUGGUGAGGGAGCUCUCAUGCUGGGUGGCGCAAGCCUCCCUCAUCUGGCAGGGGAUCGAGGUCAAGGACUGCGAGGGCCUACCCGAGGGCAGCGAGCGGACGGCUGUCUCCUUCGCCGUGCCCGUGGUGGAGCCCGCCAGCAGCCGCCCGUCCGACUCGGGUUCGGGCGACGGGUGGGCGUCGGCGGCGCGCGCUGGUGGCGUAUCCCUCGGCGCGACGGCCUUCGUCGUCGCUGGCCACGUCCUGGCCUUCGCCAGGUGCGGGGAGGGCGCCGCCGAGCAGGAGCUGAUGGCGUGCACCCGCUGCGGGGCGUGCGCGCGGCUGGGCGGACGCUCAGGCGCGGCGCCCAAGCUCAAGGAGCAAUGCCCAGGGUCUUCUGGGCUUCCCAAGGGCAGGCGAGACCAGAAGGCGCGCUGGCUGCAGGGGCGGCAUCCUGCUGGCACGCCCCACAGCGGCAGCAAGCGGGUCGGCGCGACAGUGCCCAGCCUGCGCAAGGAGGACGUGGUGCCGAUGGACGCCAGGGUGCGCUUCCUGCAGUGGCUGGGGGUCCGCCCCGAGGAUGCCCCUGGCGGCGAGGCCGCCGGCGCCAGCAGCGGGCCCCCCGGCGGCGCGGCGGCCGCUGCCGAGGAGGCGGCAGAGCCGUUGGCGCCUGGCCCCGCGGGGGCCUCGAGGGAGGCAUGGCUGAGCGCCUACGGACUUGACGAGGCGAGCCUCCUCGAGUGGUCAGCCGCGGCUGAGACGGCGCGCGAGGACAG